UCGUAAGGUAUCUUGACCACUGAAGGAUAUCAGCCAUCUCCGUCUCUUCAUAGCAUCAUAAGACUUUACUCUCGCUCAGUCACUUCGCUUAUCUAUUCGCCAUGAGGGCCAUUGCCUCGGUCUCUCUUCUGGCUCUCGCCGGCGUGGCCCAAGGGUCAAGUGUGUGGUGGAACACCGACGAGAGCUUUACCAGCCCUGACAACACCAAGACGACCUGUUCUGAGCAGCAGCAAGCUGGGUUUGACUGGUCCGACCUGGCUGUCGGAUCCUCCCCGAGCUAUGCAGGCUUUGAGUUCUCGGGCUUCUCCGUGCGCAACAACUUCAGCACGGCUUCUAGCGCCAAAUCCAUCGUGGGAACACUCAACAAGGAUACCUCGACGGCUCCAGAGAUAUCCUCUGCAUCAAAGGACCAAGACUUCUCCGUCAAUGACUUCCAGCUUGCCACCUCCCGCACUGCUGACAUCCGCAUCGUUUAUGGCAUGGCUGAUGGUACCACCUGCAAUACCUUUGCUUCUGUCUCCGCCAACGGGUCCACUGUCGCCAAUGACCAGUGCGGCGGUGCCACCUCCGUGAGCUUUCUACUGGCUGAAGAGGCGAAUGUCGAUCUCUGCUUGUUGAGUGUGUACAGGAUUGGAUUCGACUGCUCUUCUGGUAAGGCGUCGACAGCAUCCAAUCCUUCCGACACUGCGUCUAGGCUCAAUGCGAGGGCGUACUCCGUGCCGCUCAUUCGGAAGGAUCGGACCACGCCUGCAGCCGUUGUGACUCCUGCCCCAGAGGCGCCGACCAACAAUCUGGCGACUUCGACGUACUAUAUCACCAGUGAAAUCGUGAUCACCAGCUGUGGCCCUUCGGUGACCAAUUGUCCAGCAGACUCCACCACGGUGAUAACGUCAACGAUCCCCGUGUCUACUGCCGUUCAUUCUGCCACAGAAACCUCCGCAGAUGAGUCUUCGACGGAGGUGCCAGAUGUUAGCUCUACCAGCAGCGUGGAGUCUAGCGUCGCUGUCCCUACUGCUACCUCUUCUAUCGAAACUGUCCCCGUCGAUACAUCUUCUGGCACGACUACACCAACUGUCACGCCUUCUAGCAGCGCGGUCCACAGCUUAACGCACUCCAGCGAAGUCGUCCCAACUAUCACACUGUCCAGCAGCACGUCUAGCUUUACGCACUCGAGUAGCGCGCUUUCCAAUACCCUUCCAUCUGGAAGCUUUCCUGUGGAGUUGACCUCUUCUCAGUUGAUCCACACGCCUACGUCCGCACCUGUAAUCACGCCAGGGCCUAGCUCCUCUGCUCCGGCUGCGGACAAAGUCACGGUGAUUACUUGGGUCACGGUGACAAGCUGCCCGGUGACUUCGACGGGUACCGUCAGUGGAACUCUGACCACCUCUGUGGGCACUACGCUUUCUACGGUGACUAUGACUUCAACAUCGACUAUCUGCACCAAUUGCAUUGCCCCAACCAGCGUUCCAUCAGGAGUGGCACCCAUCUCCUCAGGCCCUAUCUCGUCCGGUCCUGUCCCUUCAGCUCCCGUCACUACACCAGGGCCCAGUGUACCUGCAUCAAGCGUGGACAAGACUACAGUGAUCACCUGGGUGACUGUCACAAGCUGCCCGGUCACUUCCACAGGGACUGUCAGCGGCAAGCUGACUACUUCAGUGGGCACGACGCUUUCUACUGUGACCAUGACCUCAACGUCGACCAUUUGCACCAAAUGUAUUGCGCCAACAACUGUUCCGUCGGGCGUGGCGCCCAUCUCCUCGGGUCCUGUCUCGUCUGGUCCUAUACCAUCCGCUCCCGUCACCACACCAAGUGUGCCCGUCUCGAGCGUGGAUAAGACCACGGUGAUCACUUGGGUAACCGUGACCAGCUGCCCGGUCACCUCCACAGGGACUGUAAGCGGCAAACUGACUACGUCAGUAGGCACGACACUAUCUACAGUGACGAUGACCUCAACGUCUACCAUCUGCACCAAAUGCAUCGCCCCUUCUACCACUGUUCCUUCAGGCGUUGCUCCAAUCUCUUCGGGUCCAGUUUCAUCCGCUCCUGCCAAUACUCCUGGCCCAAGCGCGCCCAUCUCGAGUGUAGACAAGACGACCGUUGUCACUUAUGUCACACUGACUACAUGCCCUGUGACAGCAACGGUUUCUGAAGGCGGCUCUGUGAGUACUUCGGUGGGAACGACGGUGUCGACUGUAACGUUGACGUCCACUUCAACUAUUUGUACGAGGUGCAUUGCUCCGACGUCGGUUCCGUCGUCGAUUCCUGCUGUGACUCCGACUUCGCUCUCUACGUCGCUCACAUUGCCUCUUCCGUCUUCUGUGGCGCCUGUUUCAUCUGGUCCUGUUUCUACUGUCACUGGUGUUGUCACUGGGUCAGUCACUGGUUCAGUUACUGGGUCUGCUACUGGGUCUGCUACUGGGUCGGCUACUGGGUCGGCUACUGGGUCUACUACUGGGUCUGCUACUGGGACUGCUACUGGGUCUGCCACUGGGUCUGCUACUGGGUCUGCCACUGGGUCUGCCACUGGGUCUGCCACUGGAACUGCCACUGGCUCGGUCACCAGUUCUACUACCUCUGGUAUUGUUACUUCGGCUCCCAUCCCAUCAGGUCCUGUCUCAUCGGGACCCGUUCCAACAGGACCCGCGCCAUCGAGUUCUGCCCCAAUCACCAGUGUGGAUAAGACUACUGUUGUCACACAUACCACAGUGACUACUUGUCCUGUGACAUCGACAGUCUCCGAAGGUGGCUCUGUGUCGACAUCGGUUGGAACUACAGUUUCAACCGUCACACUUACUUCGACCUCAACUAUCUGUACCAGGUGCAUUGCGACAACAAUUCCCUCUGGUGUGGCACCUAUCUCCUCCGGUCCGAUCUCAUCGGGCCCAGCUCCGUCAGGCCCCGUCCCUGUCACUAGCGUGGACAAAACCACUGUGGUUACAUAUGUCACUGUCACGACUUGCCCUGUGACAUCGACGAUCUCCGAGGGGGGUUCCGUGAGCACAUCGGUGGGAACUACUGUUUCGACUGUCACCCUUACCUCGGUGUCGACCAUCUGCACGAAAUGCAUUGCUACGACAGUCCCCUCCGCUGUGGCUCCUGUCACAUCUGGGCCUGUUGCAGCAACAUCUUCAAGUGUGGACAAGACCACAGUCGUCACAAUCACCUCGGUGUCCACCAGCCCUGUGACCACUACGGUCUCGGCCGGCGGAACUGUCUCUACGUCGGUGGGGUCCAGUGAAUCAACAAUCACUAUUACAUCGGUGUCAACCAUCUGCACCAAGUGCAUUGCGCCUACAACAGUUCCCUCUGCUGUGGCUCCUGUUACAUCGGGUGCCAUUUCGUCAACCCUUUCGAGUGUGGACAGGACCACGAUUGUCACGAUAACUUCUGUUGCUACCAGCCCCGUGACAACCACUAUCUCUGCAGGUGGCACUGUAUCUACCUCGGUGGGCUCCACUGAGUCGACUGUAUUUGUCACCUCGACUUCGACCAUCUGCACGAGAUGCAUCACCCCCACGCCAGUUCCAUCAGGUACCUCACCUAUUUCAUCUGAGUUGCAUAGCACAACCACUGUAGUCACCUGGGAGACUUUGACAACUUGCCCGGUCACCACGGUCAUCACCUCAGGUGGUGUUCCUGUCACUUCGGUCACAAGUACUAUCUCGACGGUGACUCUGACCUCGGUUUCCACCAUCGCAACAUCUGUUGCUGUCAGUGUUCCCUCGGCCCCAGCUUCUGCCGUAACCGGCUUCCCUUCCGUGCCAACAGCCAGUGCUUCCACUGUGACCGUAACCACUUCAACUGGUGCUCCUUCUGGGCCCACAGGUGUCUUGCCCGUCUCUUCUCAAUCUCAGAUUACAACUGGGCCUGCUCCCACCGUGACGUCUUUCAUCUCCUCUGGUGGUCCAUCGGGCCCUACAGGUGUCUCCCCUGUUUCCUCUGAGCUUGAGAGCACGACGACAGUCGUCACUUGGCAAACAUUGACCACCUGUCCAGUGACUACAGUCAUUACUUCAAGUGGUAUUCCAGUCACUUCGGUCACCAGCACAGUCUCAACCGUGGUUUUGACCUCUGUCUCCACGAUCUGCCCCAAAUGCUCGGCCACUCCAACCGCUGUGGCUCCUAUCACGUCUGUUGAGAAGGCAACCACUGUGGUGACAUGGCAGACUGUAACAACAUGUCCCGUCACGACGGUGAUCACCUCUGCUGGACAGCCGAUCACCUCAGUCUCCAGCACUGUGUCUACAAUCACAAUGGUCGCGACAUCAACCAUCGCAAGGACGGUCGUGGUUCCCACCGGAGUUGCCCCCGUUACCGGGGUUUCCUCACCGGCUCCAUCUGCCUCGUGUCCCAGCGUGGUUCCCAAAUGUAUCAAUACAUGGCUCGAACUGGUCCCCAAGUGCACCUCGAACAGCGACUCGAGCUGCUACUGCCCCUCGGCGAAAUUCACCAAGAAGGUGAUUGAAUGCAUUCAGGCGUGGGGCUCCUCCGCGACAGAAGUCCAAGCCGGCCUCUCGUGCUUCACUGGACUCUGUGCAGCCUGGGUGCCCCAGAACCCCGGCAUUGUCACAAAUAUCCCGUCCAGCAUCACGCUAGGCCCGACCCCCGUCCCCAGCGGCGUCGCGCCCGUCAGUGGUCAAGGCACCCAUACUGGAACCAGCGUCAGGCUGACCAGCGGACCUGCUGCUGCUGCUCCCUCAGUUCCCUGCACCACAAUCACCUACUCCACCUGGACAGUGACCGUCCCGCAAGUCGUAUUCACAACUGCUACAGCCAGCUCAAAGACAACGAUCGGUCUGAUCCCCGGGGGCGGUUCCCCAACAUCGACUCGGUUGCCGAACCCCUGGUUCCCAUCUUCCUCAGCCUGGAUCUCCCGCUCAGGCACCCCCACCCCGACCCCGACCCCGUCGCCGAGUUACACACCCUUGUGGUCGAAUACCGGUGCAACGCUGGGUGUAUCCUGGACGUGGUGGGUGGCUGUUGUUCUGGCUACGAUCAUCGGCUUGGCCUAGUCCAGUUGGCCAAUGUUUCAUAGUCAUGUUUAGUAAAAUAGGAGCGCAAACAAAUCUGGCAGGUUUCUUUUCCCGUUGAGCUCGGUGGUUAUUGUUUUCUUUUUGUUCUCAUUUUGAAUCAGGAAGCAGUUUAGUCCAAGACGGUCAAUGUACUUUAGCUUCGAUUUCUAUUCUGCACUCAUAAUUUACUAGUGUGUAAUACUUGAUCUACUUCUUCUUGC